AUGUCGCAGCCAACCAUCAACGAGACUCAGGAGAUGCCCAUCCACACGGCGGAGACCAACACGUGUGAAGUGGAGGCCCCACAAAAAGAGGCGUGUGAGUCCGCUGAUCGCAGCAACGUUGUGGAGACCACAGAAGUGCCGGCAAACCCCGCAGAAGAUGCGGACGUCUCGCCGCUUGACACUGAGAUUUCAUCCAAAGCGGUAGAAGAAGCCGCCGAGGAAAAAGAGGAGGAAAAGGAACAAACACCGCCGAAGGAUGAGGAUGAGAGUGAUGACACUGCGGCCGCCAAUAAGCGCCGCCGGCUGGAGGGCACUGCGCGAGACUCAACGGGAUGUGAAGAGGGCGAUGCUGCCGUAAUUGAGGCAUCGCCGAAUGCAGAUGAGGAACUGGCAAAGAAUGUCUCUGCAAGCAACACGCAAGAAGUAAAUGAAACUGCAGAGGAUCCAUCCCAGUGUGCCUAA